GGGUGGGCCGGGCUGCGGCAGGGGGCAUGCGCGCUGCAGGCGGCCAAUGGCCAGCGGCGCGUCGGCCGUGGACUUGCCCGGCUCUCCGCGGCAGUGGGGCGGGGUCCAGGGUCUAAGCCUGAGUACCCUGAACGUUCGGGUUCCUGCUCACCCAGUACCAUGCAGAACCAGGUUGGAACAUCUUUCCGUAGCAACGGUCUCAGCGUCUCUGAUUCCCUCGGGGAAAUGGAGGACCAGAGAGGUUGAGUGCAUUGCCUGAGGUCACACAGAAAGCUCCAGGACACACCACCAGUGAAUGGUAACGAACAUGCCUCUGUGUCGGCGGAGAGCCACCUCGGAAGACAGCUCGGCCAAUGGCAGAAAAGCUCAGCCCCUGGUGCCCACAGGCAGCUUGAUGGUGCUGCUGCACUGGGCUGGGCCGGAGGGCGGCGAGCCCUGGGUCACCUUCAGCCAGGCAUCUCUGACUGCGGAGGACAUCUGCAUCCACAUUGCACAUAAAGUCGGUAUCACUCCACCCUGCUUGAAUCUCUUUGCCCUCUAUGAUGCGCAGGCCAAGGUCUGGCUGCCCCCAAACCACAUCCUAGAUACAUCCCGAGAUGUGAACCUAAGGCUAUAUUUCCGAAUGAGGUUUUACUUCCGGAACUGGCAUGGCAUGAAUCCCCAGGAACCAGCUGUAUACCGAUGUGGUUUCCCAGGGACAGAGACUUCCUCAGAAGGUGCAGAGCAGGGUGUGCAGCUCUUGGACUCUGCCUCAUUUGAAUACCUCUUUGAGCAGGGAAAACAUGAGUUCAUGAACGAUGUGGUGUCUCUGCGGGACCUGUCUAGUGAGGAAGAGAUCCACCACUUUAAGAACGAGAGCCUGGGCAUGGCCUUUCUGCACCUCUGCCACCUCGCUCUCUGCCGUGGUGUCCCCCUGGAGGAGAUGGCCAGAGAGAUCAGCUUUAAGAACUGCAUCCCUCGCUCCUUCCGCCAGCACAUCCGUCAGCACAAUGCACUCACGCGCCUGCGUCUCCGCAGAGUCUUCCAGCGAUUCCUGCGGGCCUUUCAGCCUGGCCACCUCUCCCAGCAGGUUGUGAUGGUUAAGUACUUGGCCACCUUGGAGCGGCUGGCUCCUCGAUUUGGCUCAGAGCACAUUCCGGUGUGUCAUCUGGAGGUACUGGACCAGCCUGAGAGGGACCCCUGCUACAUCCAGAACAGUGGGCAAAGUACUGGGGACCCAGGCCCAGAGCUGGCCACCAGGCUUCCCACCCACGAGGUACUGGUGACAGGCACCGGAGGUAUCCAGUGGCAUCCACUGCAGAUACAGGAAUCUGAGAGAGGUAACAGCAGAGGGAAUCCCCAAGGCAGCCCGUCUGGGAAGAAAGCCAAGGACCCUGAGCCUGGAGAGCAGCUGCCUAAGAGCCCUGGGGAAGCACCCUGGACCUACUUCUGUGACUUCCAGGACAUUUCCCACGUGGUGCUAAAGGAAUGUCACGUGCACAUCCACCUGCAGGACAACAAGUGCUUGUUGCUGUGCCUCCGCUCCCGGGCUGAGGCCCUGUCCUUUGUGGCCCUGGUGGAUGGUUAUUUCCGCUUGACCGCUGACUCCAGCCACUACCUGUGCCAUGAGGUGGCACCCCCCAGGCUCUUGACUAGCAUCCAGAACGGCAUCCACGGGCCCCUGAUGGAUCCAUUUGUGCAGGCCAAGCUGUGGCCAGAGGAUGGCCUCUACCUGAUUCAGUGGAGUACCAGCCACCUUCACCGCCUGAUCCUCACUGUGGCCCAUCGAAACCCGGCUCCCGGCAGUGGCCCGAAGGGCCUGCGCCUCCGAAAGUUCCCCAUCACCCAGCAACCUGGAGCCUUUGUGCUGGAUGGCUGGGGUCGGUCCUUCGACAGUGUGGGGGACCUGCGGCUCGCCUUGCAGGGCUGCUCGCUUCGGGCCGGCGAGGACUGUUUCCCCUUGCACCACUGCUGUCUGCCCCGGCCAGGAGAAAUCUCCAACCUCGUGAUCAUGCGGGGGUCUAGUGCCCACACCCAGCCUCUUAACCUGAGCCAGCUCAGCUUCCACAGGGUUCACCAGGAUGAAAUCACUCAGCUGUCCCACUUGGGUCAAGGCACAAGGACCAAUGUUUACGAGGGCCUUCUAAGAGUGGGAGGCCCUGACGAAGGCAAAGUGGACAAUGACUGUCCCCCUGAGCCUGGUGGGGGCAGUGGACAGCAGCUUCGAGUGGUGCUUAAAGUCCUGGAUCCCAGUCACCAUAACAUUGCCUUGGCCUUCUACGAAACAGCUAGCCUCAUGAGCCAGGUGUCACACAUGCACCUGGCUUUCCUGCAUGGUGUCUGUGUCCGUGGCUCAGAGAAUAUCAUUGUGACAGAGUUUGUAGAACAUGGUCCCCUGGAUGUGUGGUUACGGCGUCGGAGGGGCCGAGUGCCCAUGACCUGGAAGAUGGUUGUGGCUCAGCAGCUGGCCAGUGCCCUCAGCUACCUGGAGGACAAGAAUCUGGUUCAUGGGAACGUAUGUGGCCGGAACGUCCUGCUGGCCCGGCUGGGGCUGGAGGAGGGCACUAGCCCCUUCAUCAAGCUAAGUGAUCCUGGUGUGGGCCAAGGUGCCCUCUCCAGGGAGGAGCGGGUGGAGCGCAUCCCAUGGACAGCUCCUGAGUGCCUGUCUGGAGAGGCCAGUAGCUUGGGUACUGCCACGGACAUGUGGGGCUUUGGUGCCACCCUCCUUGAGAUCUGCUUUGAUGGGGAGGCACCCCUGCAGGGUCGUUGCCCCUCUGAGAAAGAACGAUUCUACACAAAGCAGCACCAGCUGCCCGAGCCCUCAUGCCCGGAGCUUGCCACACUCACCCGCCAGUGCCUGACCUACGAACCAGCCCAGCGGCCAUCAUUCCGCACCAUUUUGCGGGACCUCACUAGGCUGCAGCCACAGAAUCUAGUGGGCAUCUCGGCUGUGAACUCAGACUCACCAGCAUCAGACCCCACUGUUUUCCACAAGCGUUAUUUGAAAAAGAUCCGGGAUUUGGGCGAGGGCCACUUUGGCAAGGUCAGCCUGUACUGCUAUGAUCCAACCAAUGAUGGCACCGGCGAAAUGGUGGCUGUGAAGGCCCUAAAGGAGGGAUGUGGUCCCCAGCUCCGCUCAGGCUGGCAGCGGGAGAUCGAAAUCCUCCGGACCCUGUACCAUGAACACAUUGUCAAGUACAAAGGCUGCUGUGAGGACCAAGGAGAGAAGUCUGUACAGCUGGUCAUGGAAUACGUCCCCCUGGGCAGCCUCCGGGAUUACCUGCCGCGGCACAGCGUUGGGCUGGCACAGCUCCUGAUGUUCGCCCAGCAGAUCUGCGAGGGCAUGGCCUACCUACACGGGCAGCGCUACAUUCACCGAGACCUAGCCGCGCGCAACGUGUUUCUGGACAACGACAGGCUGGUCAAGAUUGGAGACUUUGGCCUAGCCAAGGCAGUGCCUGAAGGCCACGAGUACUACCGCGUGCGCGAGGACGGGGACAGCCCGGUGUUCUGGUAUGCCCCAGAAUGCCUGAAGGAAUGCAAAUUUUACUAUGCAUCAGAUGUCUGGUCCUUCGGGGUGACCCUGUAUGAGCUGUUGACGUACUGUGACUCUAGUCAGAGCCCACCCACGAAAUUCAUCGAGCUCAUCGGCGUCACCCAGGGCCAGAUGACUGUGCUGAGGCUCACAGAGUUGCUGGAACGUGGAGAGAGGCUGCCUCGGCCUGACAGGUGUCCCUGUGAGAUCUAUCUCCUCAUGAAGAACUGCUGGGAGGCAGAGGCCUCCUUCCGGCCCACCUUCCAGAAUCUUGUGCCCAUCCUCAAGACAGCCCAGGAGAAGUACCAAGGCCAGGUGCCCUCAGUGUUCAGCGUGUGCUGAUGUUCAGGGGCGUCAGGGGAAGGCCCCCACGGAGAAGCCUCCACAUGCCCUGCACCUUACUCUUGCCCGGAAACCCCUGUCUGCGAACUAACAACUUUCUUUCCUUGACUGUGAGCCUGGCUGUGACCUGAGCAGACCCUGGACGUGCAGAAGGGCCAAGUGGAUCCUUGAGUCUUUCAUUUUGGGUCCGUCCAUCUUUUCACAGUGGAGACCCAUCGUCUUCAGCUGGGAAGAACCUGUUUGCUUUGCUGGAGGCCCCGGGGGAUUUGGGGUCCAUCUUCAGCAAGGUGGCAUGGCCGGUGUGCAGAUAGAGCGAGACUGUAGGAGAAGCUGCAGCACUUCUGAUCAGCCCUCAACCACCAGCCCGUGCUUAGCAGCAGGGAGACCUGGGUUCCUUCCCUCGCAACUUAAGCCACCAGCUAGAUCAGUUCCUGGUAUACAGAAGGCACUCGAUCACUGCUUGUUGGAGGCUGGGGCGAUUGCUCAGUCCGUGAGUGCUUACAAAUAUGCUUGCCUUGAGGAUGUGAGUUCAAGUCCCAGAACCCACGUUAGCUGCGUGGGUGGGACGUGCUUGUCCCAGCACUGGGAGGUGGAGACAGACAGCUCCCUGGAGCUCGCUGGCCAGCAGCCUAGUCCAUUCAGUGAAACUCAGGCCAAUGAGAGUCCCUGCCUCCAAACAAAAUGGUGGAACAGUGCCUCAGAGAGAGUACCCAAAGUUGUCCUCUGACCUCUGCACAAACACAUAUGCACACACACCUGCACAUACAUUUGCAUACAAUACAGGAGGGCCAUUUGUCACAUACGUAGGACUCUGCCAAUUUUACCCUUUCCUUCCUGUGUGACCUCAGGUAAAUGUCUUGACCUCUCUGGGCCUUAUGUCUCAACUACGGGGAUGGUCAGGCUUUCUACCUCAUAGGACUGAUAAAGAGCGCUGAUGAGUUGUGUUUAAAUUGCUUAGGAGAGAGACAUAGAUAAGUGUUUAAUAAAUGUUUAUGUUUAUUACUA